AUGGCACUGCUCCUGUACCUGCUGAACCAGAUGCAUCUGCGGGAGAAGACGAUGUCGAUGACGGUUGCGGCAGAGACCGAGUGCCAGCGGCAGCUGAUGCUGCAGCCACAGUACACACUCAAUCUCAUCGGGUUCUUUCUUUGUGGACUGGUCAACAACUUUGGCUAUGUUGUCAUGCUCUCGGCAGCAGGGCAUCUGCUGGAGGACUCGCCAGAUAUUCCAAAGUCGGCUGUUCUUCUGGCAGACAUCCUGCCGACUUUCUUGCUCAAGCUCACCGCGCCGUUCUUCAUGCACAAGCUCCCGUACUCGCUGCGAGUGUGGAUCGUGGCCAUCUUUGGCGUCGCUGCCUUCCAGAUGACCGGAUGGCUCACCUCAGUCUGGCUGCGGCUAACCGGCGUCAUCUUUGCGUCAAUCUCGGCCGGCUUUGGCGAAGUCACGUUCCUCGCCAUGUCCUCGUUCUACCACAAGAACACCGUCUCGGCGUGGUCGUCGGGCACCGGUGGCGCCGGCAUCUUCGGCUCGUUCAUGUACCUCAUGCUCACAUCGUGGAUCGGCCUCUCGUCACCGCUCACCCUCCUCGUCUCGUCAGUCUUUCCAUUUGGCAUCCUCAUCGCCUUUUAUUUCAUGCUCGCCAAGCCGUUUGAGGACACACCGGUGCUUUCGGCCUCGCUCGACGGUGGGGCGCGGAUCGAAGACGUUCCUCUCGACGAUCCCGACGCCGAGCGGCGCACUGCAGGCGCGCCGCUGCUGGCGCGGCCGUCAGGCGUUGUCGCUCUCCGCGGCAACGGCUCGUUCGAGCCCGACCCAGAGCCCGGCUCGCUCAAGGGGGCCCGUCCGGCCCAGCUCUCGCUCGCCACACGCUUCCGCCUCCUUGGUCCGCUGCUCAAGUACAUGCUCCCGCUCAUGCUCGUGUACUUUUCCGAGUACCUCGCCAACCAGGCCUAUUACGUAUACUAUCAGUUCCUCUACCAAUCUGGCGUCUUUGUCUCGCGCUCCUCGGUCAAUUUCUUCCCCAUCCGCCGCAUCUGGAUCCCCUCGGUCCUCCAGUUCAUCAACCUGGUCUUCCUCUGGUCGCAGGCCUACUUUCUCUACCUCCCCUCGGCCUACAUCGUCUUUGUCGUCAUCUUCUGGGAGGGUCUCCUUGGUGGCGCCACCUACGUCAACGCCUUCUACCGCAUCUCCCAGGACGUCGAAGAGGGCUACCGCGAGUUCUCCCUCGGUGUCACCUCGGUCGGCGACUCGACCGGCAUCGUCGCCGCCGCCGUUGCCGGCUUUUUUGUCGAGCCGUGGCUCAAGAACCGCCAGGACUCACUUGCCCGCCAAGGAAAGCACCCCGCUCGCCGCCUCCUCUCCCUGGCCGCCUCAUCGCUCUUCUCUCGCUCCAAUUGA